AGAAUAAAUUCCAUUGAACUUUUCUGAAAUUUACACAUAUUAAUGUUCGAUAACAAUCCCUUUCCUGUUUACCAAUUUUUGCCACUUCAGGUGGUUUUUUUUGCUACAGAGAUAUGGCUAUUCCAAUCUCCUCAGCCGCUGGAGCCGAAGUUCCACUGUUAAACAACGACGUUGUUCAUGGCUCCGUCGACUUCAAAGGUCGCCCGGUCACGCGAUCAGGAUCCGGAGGUUGGAAGUCAGCUUUCUUCAUCAUAGGUGUUGAAAUGGCUGAGAGAAGUGCAUACUAUGGAAUACUUUCAAAUUUGAUAAGCUAUUUGACGGGUCCAUUAGGCCUCUCCACUGCAACAGCGGCGGCAAAUGUGAAUGUGUGGACUGGAACGGCCAUGCUUACGCCGCUUUUGGGUGCUUUCGUGGCCGACUCUUUUCUCGGCCGAUAGCGAACCAUUAUUAUUGCCACCGGGCUUUAUAUCCUGGUCAGUUCAAAAUGAUUUACGCGAAAAUUGGCAUAAUCAGUAUUUCCAGUUUUUAAAUUAAUUGCUAUGAUGGAUAGACUUAUUUAGGAGUGGUUAUACCAGGUUCAGCUGCACAAAAAGAUGUGAUAUUUCAAAAUUCUGAUAUUGUCAAUAGAUCAAAGCAAAAACACACACUUCUCCAGCAGAUUGAAAGUUUAUCAGGUUGAGAAAAAGGGUUGAAAUUUGUCCGUUUAGGUUAUCAAAUUAAAUUCUGAUUUUUUUCAAUUGAAUUGGCAGUCUUUUGGCACUAUAUUUUGCAUGUCAAAUUUUUUUUUUUUCUAA